AUGCUGAGGCUGAGCGCGCUGCUGCUGCUGUUCUUCCUCUGCCUGUGCGCGUUCCCCGCCCCGGCGCGGUCGCAGAACACGACCACGGCCUCGGCCGCGCCGGCGUCCGUCGAGGGGUUCAACUGCUCCGCCAACCGCACGUACCCAUGCCAGGCGUACGCGCUCUACCGCGCCGGCUUCGCGGGGGUGCCGCUCAACCUCGCGGCCAUCGGCGACCUCUUCGCCGUCAGCCGCUUCAUGGUCGCGCACGCCAACAACCUCUCCACCGCCGCCGCGCCGGCCAACGGGCAGCCGCUGCUCGUGCCGCUCCAGUGCGGCUGCCCCUCGGGGUCCCCCAACUCCUACGCGCCGAUGCAGUACCAGAUCGCCACGGGGGACACCUACUGGAUCAUCUCCACCACCAAGCUGCAGAACCUGACGCAGUACCAGGCCGUGGAGCGCGUGAACCCCACGCUGGUGCCCACCAACCUCGACGUCGGCACCAUGGUCACGUUCCCCAUCUUCUGCCAGUGCCCGGCCGCCGCCGACAACGCCACCGCGCUCGUCACCUACGUCAUGCAGCCCGGGGACACCUACGCGUCCAUUGCCGCCGACUUCUCCGUCGACGCUCAGUCGCUCGUCUCCCUCAACGGGCCCGAGCCGAGGACGCAGCAGUUCGCCGAGAUACUCGUGCCGCUCCGCCGCAAGGUGCCGGAGUGGCUGCCCCCAAUCGUGCUCCGGAACAACGCCUCCGCGACGCCAGCGUCCCCGCCGCCCUCGGCUUCUCCCAACGCGACCGUGGUGAGCGACGACCGAAACGGCGUGGUCACCGGGCUUGCCGUCGGGCUGGGCGUCGUCGGCGCUCUCUGGCUGCUGCAGAUGCUGCUGCUGGCAUGCUUGUGCAGACGGCUCAAGGCGAAGGGACCACGAGGUGACGCGGUGGCGAGCGGCGACGGCGUCGAGGGCGGCAGGUUCGCUAAGACCUCGUCCGCCGGCGGCGGCGGCGCGGCGCCGGGGAGAGGUUCCUGGGUGUUCAAGGUGGAGGAGCUGGAGCGCGGCACCGGGGGAUUCGACGACGCGCACCUCGUCAACGGCAGCGUGUACAAGGCCAACAUCGACGGCGUGGUGUUCGCCGUGAAGAAGAUGAAGUGGGACGCCUGCGAGGAGCUCAAGAUCCUGCAAAAGGUGAACCACAGCAACCUGGUGAAGCUGGAGGGGUUCUGCAUCAACUCGGCGACGGGCGACUGCUACCUGGUGUACGAAUACGUGGAGAACGGAUCACUUGACCUGUGGCUGCUGGACCGCGACCGCGCGCGGCGCCUGAACUGGCGGGCGCGCCUCCACAUCGCGCUCGACCUCGCCCACGGCCUGCAGUACAUCCACGAGCACACCUGGCCCCGCGUGGUGCACAAGGACAUCAAGAGCAGCAACAUCCUCCUGGACGGCCUCAUGCGCGCCAAGAUCGCCAACUUCGGCCUCGCUAAGACGGGCCACAACGCCGUCACCACGCACAUCGUGGGCACCCAGGGGUACAUCGCGCCCGAGUACCUCGCCGACGGCCUCGUCACCACCAAGAUGGACGUGUUCGCCUACGGGGUCGUCCUGCUGGAGCUGGUGUCCGGGCGCGAGGCCGCGGACGAGAACGGCGAGCCGCUGUGGGCGGACGCCGAGGACAGGGUGUUCCGGGGCCGCGACGAGAGGCUGGAGGCCCGCGUCGCGGCGUGGAUGGACCCGGCGCUCGCGGAGCAGACGUGCCCGCCGGGGAGCGUGGCCAGCGUGGUCAGCGUGGCGAGGGCGUGCCUGCACAAGGACCCGUCCAAGCGCCCCAGCAUGGUGGACGUAGCCUACACGCUGUCCAAGGCGGACGAGCACUUCGCCGACUACUCCGGUGAGAGCAUGUCGGUUGACGGCAGCGGCGAAAUCGCUGCUCGGUGA